ACGUGACAGCAAAUUGUAACAAGACAAUGUGCUCUAUAUUAUACUCAGCUUUUAAUGUUUAAACAGUUCUUUGUCAACAUCAGAUAACCUUUCAUGUAUUACAGGUGCUGGCAGAUGUAAAUUUGUACGAUGCAUUUAACAUAACGUUGGAAAAUGAAUUCGGUCAUGUAAUUGCUGUGCUCAGAUCAAUAGGAAUAUCUUUCUUUCAAUAUUUGACACUCUCACGGUGCUGCUGUCUAGCAGGAUUAUGUUGCAGUACGAGUGAAAUGGUGUAAAUUGCGCGUUGUUAGGUGUGUAGUUGUUAAUAGGUAUAAUUCCAGAUUUUAGUGUAUAAAGUUGGCAGGACUGAUGUGUUGCGUGUACAGGGGUGUCAACCUCUGAGGCUGGUGGUAAUGUUGAUCCGGGGACGUGCCGUGGAGCCAUGACAAGUCUGCUGCAGUUGGACAACCUGCAGGACUGCAUCAGUGGUGCCAACAGUGACCAGAUCACGAAGCUCUUCCCGAAGUGCCGGCCCCGUGACAUCAAUCUCAACCCCUUGCAGCAGCAUACAGCUCAGCAGGAUGGCCAGCAUGACCAUGACAACAACAGUCUUCUACGACACAGACUCUCGGUUGUUUCUGUGGUGAUGGAUGCACCUCCCAGUCUGGACAGGUGCAAGGUUGGGUGCAGUAGUGCGGUGGGAGGAGGGGAGGAAGAAGACGGAGAGGAAGCUGAGGAGGGGGCAGACAACCACUGCCAACACGAGACAAACGCGGGUAAUUCUGAGAACUCGGCCAAUUCCUCUGACCUGGAGAAUUCAGACGACAUGUUACAGGAUGAGGACGAGGAGCUGAUUAUUGACCACACUGCAACAAACCUCACAAACCAACAGGGGGAGCAACAUGAGAGCAAUGAGGUGAUAGUCCUCACCAGCAAUGUCGGCGGGUCUGGCAGCAAGGUUGGCAGCACUUACAAACUGCGGGACUCGCGGAUCAUUGAGAUUGCAGGAGGGCGUGAACUUUUCUCGCAGAGCAGGUCGAAGGCAGCACGCUGCAAGUCUGCCCGCUACUUCGACGAUGGUGACAAGCUGGGCAAGCGGACCGGGAAGACUCAGGGCGUGUGGGAAUUGCGUGCAAGGUGUGGUAAUGACAUGAAAAACAAGCGAGGGCUGAGUUCUCAGCAGCGUGAAGUUACAGAGACUGUAUUCUCAACAGAAGUCAGAUCUGUGGUGAGGCACCAGCGAGCUGCCGGCAUGAGUUCACCACUUGCGGCAGGCGGAGAAGUGGUGGUGUUUGAUGACAUUGGGGAAGAGGAUUGGCGUAACAACAUCAAUACCACAGGUCUCUCUUCCACGGGCACUUCCCCAAGCCCACCCGUGUAUCACCGCACUGCCACUGACUUCUUCAAGGCUGUGACAUCAGCCUCCGACCUGGAUGGCGACUCUCUAUCCCCUGAACAUGGAAGGAGCAGCGCCAAAGGAACGCCCCGUGUGAUUGGAAACCUGCCAAUAGCAGAGUAUGAAGGGUCCCCCCGACGCUAUGGGCCCCGGCAUCUUGACGUGUCACAUUCGCAUCCUUUGCUGCCCUCUGCCCAGAGUCUGUUGGCUUCCCCUUCUGUUUACCCGCCGCGGCCUGGCUUCCCUCAGCGUGUCCUUCCCACUGCGAUGGAACCUGAUCUCGCGGUGCCAGUAUCAGCAACACCCUCACCAGUGGCGGGUACGGCAACGACAGCGUUCGACUACCUUUAUGAAUUUUCUGAAACACGGAAGGUACUCGAAGAAUUUUUCAAGUGCCCCCCUGCACCGUCAGGGGAGGAGACCAACUCUGCAGCAGGUGACUUCCAGUUCCAGGAGUUGGAUUAUGAGUUGCGGCGGCAGGCUGGCAGUGCCUAUGUUGGACAGCGGUUAGCUAAAGGUCCAUCACACCAGGACAGCCUGGAACAGGGGGUGAUAGAGGAUGGUACCUCACCAAGCAAACUCACGAGCAUCACCACCCCACAGCAGGCAGACUUAGAUACUUUAGAGGAACAGGAUGUGGAAACAGAAGGUCACUUUCUGGACCUGUCAGCCGACACAACUGGGUCCACAGAGGAUCUGGGUGACACAGAAGUUGGUGGCCUGCAGGUGGGCCAUUCCCGCAACUUCACCCUGUCCCCCGAGACAACGGACUGUGACUCAAACUGCGGUGAUCUGGAUAGUGAGGUGUCACUGCUCUUGUUGGAGAGCGAGGGUCCUACAGGCGGUAGCAUUGAUAACCCCAACCAGCUGGCACCUGAUUCCAUGAGACUGUACUCCAGUAUGCCCGUGCUAGAGGAUGGGUUGUCAUCUGGCCACGCGUCUGACACAGAUAACAACAAUCCAACUGUGAUGAAGCUAAUGAAGCGGCAGAUAACAGAGAUCGAGCGCGAGAUCAAUACGCAGCGAGCCACUAACAAGGAGAAGUCUGCAACACCAGUAGCGGACACUGGCAGUGCGGAGCUGUUCCCUGUAUCCACCACAAAGAGUAGAGACAAUUCGUAUGACACCGUUGAUCCAGACCUGGAGGCACUGGACCCACUGCAUGCAGGGGCUCAGACUACACCGCCGCCUCCAGCCCCCCAGCCCCACCGCAGUAUGAGUCUUGACCCCCCACAGAUGAGCAGCGACUCGGUGGAAGCCGCCAUCAAGGACAUACGCCUUGCUCUGCAGCGCACCAAGACAUUGCCCCUUAAGAGUUCCCCAGGGGCUGUGGAAUCUCUAGAAUUGACCAAUAGCCCCAUCUGGGUGCCACGGAGACGAACUGGCCCGUCUACCAGUGGGGAGCCAGCGGCUGUUACAGAGCAACGCAAAGCUCGCACUGGUGAGGAUGGAGGGGAGGAAGAUGAACCAGACACUGACCUCGAAACAGAUCGGUUGCUGGGACAACAGCGGACGGACGACCAGGGUUUCUUUGACGACAAAGUGGGGUGGAGGAAGCCCAAGUCCCGCACGGUAAUGCCCCCUGGUAACACUGGCUGCGCCAAGACAUCAACACCUCUCAACUCGGGUGGCAGCACGCUGCCAGCACCAGUUCCUCCCCCUGUGGCAGUGCCUUCAGAUGCCCUGCCGGCUGGUGGCACCAGCAGUAGCAGCAGCAGCAGUGGAAGUGAGGAUGUGACCACCGAGAAAACUCUGUCGCCCCAAAAGGCAGAUGCAGCUACGGCUGCCACUGCCGCCGCCACUCAGGCAUCUAGCAAGACUAAGAAGGACGGCAGCACCAAGAAGAAGGGCCGCAACAAGGAAGUGAUGAUCCAUGAACCCGCAGUGCUAAUUGAAGGCGUGCUGUUUCGAGCACGCUACUUGGGAUCCACACAGUUGGUUUGUGAGGGGCAGCCCACCAAGACAACACGUAUGACACAGGCUGAGGAAGCUGUAUCCCGUAUCAAGGACCCUGGAGCUGCGGGAGUGAUGGGUGGCAGUGGGCACCAUGUGGCAGGAUGCCCUGCUGGUUGGCCUGUGGACUCACCACCACCACCCCCCAGUGGUGAGGAAGAAGACGAGGAGGAGGAAGAGCCCCCUGGUGGGAGUGUUGGAGGGACUGGGGGGCUGGCUGGCACCGUGUUCAGACUGCACUUCCUGGGUUCUGUAGAGGUGGACGAGGAGGGGGGCCGCAAACGCCGCAAGCGUCUCAAGAAGCACAUGGUCGAAGAGGCAGUCACCAAAAUCAAGGCAUUGGCACCAGAAGGAGAGACACAGCCCAGUACGGAGGUGGACCUCUUUAUAUCGACUGAGAAGAUCAUGGUACUGAACACUGAUCUCAAGGAGAUCAUGAUGGACCACGCACUACGCACCAUAUCGUACAUAGCGGACAUAGGAGAUCUGGUGGUGCUGAUGGCUCGAAGGAGGUUUGUGCCUCAUGACAUGGAGGAGGCUCCCAAGAUCAACCGCACACCCAAGAUGAUCUGCCACGUGUUUGAAAGUGAAGAGGCACAGUUCAUUGCACAGUCAAUUGGUCAGGCAUUCCAAGUGGCAUACAUGGAGUUUCUGAAGGCAAACGGCAUUGAGGACCAUAGCUUUGUAAAGGAGAUGGAUUACCAGGAGGUGUUGAACUCACAGGAGAUCUUUGGGGAUGAGCUCCAGAUGUUUGCCAAGAAGGAGAUGCAGAAGGAGGUGGUAGUGCCCAAAGCUAAGGGUGAGAUUCUGGGUGUGGUGAUUGUUGAGUCUGGCUGGGGAUCGAUGCUUCCAACUGUGGUGAUUGCCAAUCUGGCUCCCUCAGGGGCAGCAGCUCGCUGUGGGCAGCUGAACAUCGGUGACCAGAUCAUCGCAAUCAAUGGCGUCAGUCUGGUGGGCCUCCCACUGUCCACGUGUCAGAACUACAUCAAGAAUACCAAGACUCAGACAGUGGUGAAGUUAACAGUGGUUCCAUGUGCACCAGUGGUAGAAGUGAAGAUCAAGCGACCGGAUACCAAAUACCAGCUUGGCUUCAGUGUACAGAAUGGAGUGAUUUGCAGCCUGUUACGUGGGGGCAUCGCAGAAAGAGGCGGAGUGCGAGUGGGACAUCGCAUCAUUGAGAUAAACAACCAGAGUGUUGUGGCCGUUCCCCAUGAGAAGAUAGUGAAUCUGCUGGCCACCUCUGUUGGAGAAAUCCUCAUGAAGACGAUGCCAACGUCAAUGUUCCGGUUGCUGACGGGACAAGAGACGCCCGUAUACAUCUAGUUACGAGCCCAGUUCAUCACAGUGUGUAUCUAGUCAGAGUUGUCUGGCGAACAGUAGAUCAACCCCAGCCCCCAGCCUUCUCUUCCUCUGGAUGGGGAUCUUUACAUUCCAAAGAUUUACUUUGGUGGUACAUUAGAUUGUGUUUCUGCCUGUUGUCCAUCAUUAUUGGACAGUUCGUUCGCAAAGACAAGUGUGGCGAUGAAGUGCCUGCCCGUGAAAUGUCCGGGCAUCCGAACGGAGGUAUGUGCCAGGAACAUUGACAUAUCGAACAGUGGCCAUACAUGCACAUUGCUGUAGUGUCAGUAGUGACCUCUUUCCUAUCUCUCUGUUAUGUUUAAGUCCUGCAACACAGGGAUGGCCAACUGGUGGGCCAUGUAUGGCCUGUGGUGAUGCCUUUGUUGUAGUUUGUUUACCACUUUAUCCAGAGUUGCCUUUAUUCAUAUAGAAAGGGAUGCCACUGACCUUUAUUGGGUGUGUGGUAAAGUUGGCUAUCCCUGGAGACCUACAGCACAAUGUGCAAUGGUGUGGGGCCACUCAGAGUGCGUAUUCCUCUGGCAUCGGACAGGCCCAGUGAUAAAGGUAUUGCUUACUAUUCACACCCCCAUUGUGAUUUAUUUAUUGGGGCAGAGACCCCACAACACAUGUAGCACCCCACACCUGUGACUUGUAAGUGGAGACAUUGUACUCUGAUACUGCUUACAGAAUAAAAUAAAUUAUGUGUUAUUGUCUUCGA